UCCGCCCCUACGGCCCUACCCCAACCCAAAAGCGGGGGUAGAUCAAAUCAAAUCAAAUCAAAUCCAAUCCAAUGUCUCUUUGUCGGUCACGCGCUCCGCUCCUCAGAUCAGAUGAGAGCAGAGCAGAGAUAGAUUGAUUGAUUGAUUCCAGAAGAGGUAGUCUGCUCGGCGAAUUUCAUCCCCUAGGAAUCCUUCUCCUUCCUUCCUUGGGACGAGCAGGGAGGGCCGUGGACAUGGAGGAUUCCUCCUCCUACUUGCCGGGGCCGGCGGCGGAUUUCGUCGACUACCUGGGCCCCGACACCUCCGCCACCGUCUUCACCAUGCUCCACCACCCCGCCGACCUCGCACGCGCAUCCGCCGUCUCCCGAUCCUGGCGACAAUUCGUUAUCGACAACCAGUUCAGCAAGCUGCAGUGCCUGCGGGCCUGCCCGGAGCUCUCCACCUUCACCACCGUCCACCUCACCACCACCACCACCACCACCACCAGAAACCCCUCUCAAUGCCAGGACCAGGACACCGCCGAGAAGCUCCACCGGGUGUACACGCACCUCGCCCACGGCCUCCUCUCGCCCUACAACCCCAGGGACUGCAUCAUCCACUGCAUCGGCGCCUCCAGCACCGACAACUUCCCCAACGAGACCAUCGAGAACACCCUCGACCCCGUCGACCACCUUGACUCCAACAGGCCAUCCUACUGGUCCAGCGCCGGCCAGAGGGACCCCGCCGUGCCCGAGUGCCUCAUAUAUCGCCUCCAGGCCGAUCUCUGCCUCGUUCACGAGAUCAAGCUGCAGCCAUUCAAAGCGUUUUUCCAGCAUGGCGACCCGAUAUAUUCGCCAAAGAGCAUCCGGGUCCAGAUGGGCUAUCCAAGCUCACCGCUACGCCCUGAAGCACUCGUCUCUGAUGAAAAUGAAGGCCAGUUGAUUGAUGAUACAAACUAUGUCUGGACCUACACAUCUCCAGAAUUCCCAAUGCUGCAGGAAAAUGUUUUGCAAUCCUUCAAGUUACCACACCCGGUUCUCUGUAUUGGCGGGGUGGUCAAGGUUGAGCUUCUUGGGAGGGUUCAGAAACAGGCAAUCGAUGGUCUCUACUACAUAUGCAUAUCUCAUGUCCAAAUAAUGGGGAAGGCACUCUCACGAGACCUCGGGGUCGUUCCUCGCGGGAACGGCCUCGUCCUGAACUACUAUCUGCAUCCCCAUACAUGCGGCGUUCCCCGCAGCGAGUCGUCACGGGACAAUGGGCGCAGCAGGUGGCAGGGCUUGGCGUCGAGGAUCUGGCAUUCUGGCACGGCGCGAAGGAUAGGAGGGCUGAACCAAACGCUGCUGAGCAGACUGUUUGGCGGUCCGUUGCGGCUUGUGGUCGUAGCGGACGAAUCGGAAGGGGAGGAGGAGGAUGAUCUUCCUUAGAAGGAAGGAAGGAGCUCAAGGGUCUUAUUUGAUUUGAUUUGAUUUUCUGCACAUAUAUAAAAGAGUGACUGUCCUUUUGU